AUGCGGCGCCUCGUCGACGCCGACUCCCACACGUCCGAAGUGUGGGCCGGCCGGCCAGACCAAUUUGGCGCCAGGUCGCCAACCCGAAAGCGUAUGCAAAUGAAGCCCAGACUCCGGAGACCGGACAACGGAGACUGGAUGACUUGCCAGACUUUUGUGGCUGACUUCCAACAGGUUAGACGAAAAGGAGACCUGCAGGGGCCGGCUUCCGACGGACUUUGUCCGGAGCUGGUAGUUGGUCACGCAUCACUGACUCUUCCAGACGUCUGGGCUGCUCAGUUCCGCAUGGUUGGCGCUCUUCUAGACACGCUGGGCUGA